CUAAGUUUAGCAGUUGAGCAUCCCAAGCUUAAUUAGCAAUUCAAUUUGCUAUUUGCAAUUUCCAUAAUAUGGCCCUCAGAAUUAGAACCCUGCUUCUUUUUGUGGCUUUUGCCGUUUCAGUGUCGGCUUCUCGUAUCCUACCUGCGGAGAUGUCGAUCGCUGUGCAGCACGAAGAGUGGAUGGCGAAGCACGGGAGGGUGUACAGCGAUGCCACAGAGAAGGCGCGGCGGCUUGAAAUCUUUAAGGCUAACAUGGGCCUCAUACAGAGCUUCAAUGCUGGCAACCACAAGUUUCGGCUGGGAGCCAACCGCUUUGCUGAUUUGACCAAUCAGGAGUUUAGAAACUUUUACACUGGGUAUAAGGGCUCAAGCUCGAGUCAUACUGCGCCGACAAAUUUCAGGUAUGCCAAUCUGUCAGCAUCAAAUUUCCUGGACUGGAGGAAACAGGGGGUCGUCACUCCGAUCAAGGACCAAGGUGAAUGCGGUGCCUGCUGGGCAUUCUCGGCCGUAGCGGCGACGGAGAGCAUCAACAAAAUAAAAAACGGGAAGUUGGUCUCGCUCUCGGAACAGGAGCUUGUCGACUGCGACGUGUACGGCGAGGACCAGGGCUGCAGCGGCGGGCUUAUGGACGACGCCUUAAGUUCAGGCCUCACCAGCGAAGCCAACUACCCCUACAAAUCCGCCGACGGCUCCUGCAAUACCAAGAAGGCGUCAACCAGCGCUGUCAAGAUCUCUAGCUAUGAAAAAGUUCCAUCCAAUGACGAGGCCGCGCUGCUCAAGGCGGUGACCGGACAACCCGUCUCAGUUGGUAUCGACGGCGGUGACUUUACCUUCCAACUCUACAGUGGCGGCGUCUUCGAUGGUCCCUGCGGCACCGAUCUUGACCAUGGCGUUGCCGCCAUCGGCUAUGGAACUGACAAGGACGGGACUAAGUACUGGCUGGUGAAGAACUCAUGGGGGACUAGCUGGGGCGAGAAUGGAUAUAUGAGGAUCGAAAGAGAUGUGUCUGCGGCCGAAGGACUCUGCGGCAUUGCCAUGCAGGCAUCCUACCCGACUAUUUGAUGUGUAUUGCUUUAGCUGCUGGGUUUGCUCAAAGUGCCAUAUGUAUCUAGUGUGUAAUAGUUGUGCAUGUCUUGUCUGUACACAUAUAUGCUCGCUCUGUAUUUAUGUAUAUGCUGCUUUGCGAUUUUAUUAAUAUGAAUAUUGUUUAUAAAAACUGCUAUUGCUACAUGCGUUGGCGGGAAAAUUUGUUUUUUAUGUGGUGUAUUUCAGCCGGU